CCUUUCCAAAUAAUUAUGCAGGCGCACACAUUCAAGAAAGCAUGUGUAGCUGCUUAUCCAAGUACCGUGCAGCACGACAUUGUUUGGUUUUGGCCAAACACUGAUCCUCGAUACAAAGAUAUUCUUGUGGAGAGAAAACCGCCUUACAUCCCACAACUAGAUGAUCCUUCCUAUACUAAAUUAAUGGGAAAUAGAUAUAUUCCUUAUGGGUACGAGGUAUUGAUUGAAAAUCUUAUGGACCCUGCUCAUGUUCCAUAUGCGCAUACUGGAAUUAUGAAAACUCAACAACCCAAAAUGGAACUGAGAAGUCCAGGUAGUAGCAGACUAAUAUGGACCUUCCCAAGAAACUUUGGUAUUUGGAUUGAUAAAGUUGUGCCACGAUGGAUGUUUCAUGUGGGACAAAACCUGAUUUUAGAUUCUGAUUUGUAUCUUCUUCACAUUGAGGAGCGUAAGAUAAUGGAUGCUGGUCCUACCAACUGGCAGAAAGCUUGUUUUGUACCAACAAAGUCAGAUGCUCUUGUGGUUGGAUUUAGAAAAUGGUUAAACAAGUAUGCUGGUGGUCAAGUUGAUUGGAGAGGCAAGUAUAGUGGAGCUCUUUCUCAAACUCCUCCUAAAGAACAGCUGAUGGACAGGUACAGGUCCCAUGUGCUGAACUGCCGUAGUUGCAAUGUUGCAUAUAAAGGCCUCAAUGUGCUUGAAGUUGUCCUCCAAGUUGUCCCUAUUGCUUUAAUUGGGAUUGUUGCUGCAGCCAAGCAGGGUGCAAUGUCAGCAGCUGCGAGAACCACAAUGGUAUCAAUGGCAGUGAUAUGCUUUGCAUCUUCCAGAUGGUUGGCCCACUUCAUUUACAAAAAUUUCCAUUUCCAUGACUACAAUCAUGCUUUUCGCUAAGAAUAGUCUCUCACUUACUGUUUGGCCUUAAGAAACCUCCAUAUUAAGUAGUGUGAAUAUGGCAUCAGCUUAAUUGUAUGUAAAAGAUAAAAAUAUAUUUGCACCAUAAAUAUAAUGCAUCGCCUAAAUAGGGUGAAAUCAAGGGCUUGCAUUCCUCUCCAAGCACACGUAUCCAAAUGUACAAGGCGGAGUGCAUAAAAAUAUAUCAAAGUCUUAUUUUUACUUUAAAAGAUAAA